AUGUCCUCAAGGCGGAGAUCUUCCGGCAAAUUCACGGCUCCAGUCGUCAAGUCGACUCCCAAGGCUUCCAAGACCACAAUUGACGAGAGCAGAGCCGCCGUCUCCGCGACAGACUCUCUGCAGGCCGCGCUCAAGGGCAACACCAACGAAGCGAUUGAGAUUUCUUCCGGCGAGGAGAGCGAUGAGGAUGUUUCGGACGAGGAAAUGGAAGGCGCCGAGGUCGAGACCGGCAACGCAAAGAAAACCGUGAACGGCACCGCCACAGAAGAAACCACCACCACACAAACCAAGGCCGAUGCCGAAGCCGGCGUCGCAGAGGACGAGGAGGAGGCAGGGUCGCCCACCUUUGGCGAGCUGAUCCGCGGCACAAUCGACGUCCCUGCCAUGCUGGCGCAACAAGAGGACGCCAACAGCAAGGCCCUCGUCUCGCAAUCAUCAAGAAAGGGCCUCGAACCCGUGUCGCUAUCCUCUCUGAGCACCGUCCUCACCCAGGCGCUCAAGACCGACGACACCGACCUCCUCGAGAACUGCCUGCAGACUAGCCAGCCCGAAGGCAUCAAGCAGACGAUUGAGCGCCUCGACAGCAGCCUUGCCGGCAUCCUCCUCACCAAGCUCUCCGCCCGAUUCCACAGACGGCCCGGUCGCGCGGGCAGCCUCAUGGACUGGGUCAAGUGGACGCUCAUUGUACACGGCGGCGUGUUGGCGACCCAGACCAAGGCCCUGGAGCGGUUAGUCACGCUACAAAAGGUCCUCAGCGAGCGCUCGCGCGGUCUGCCGAGCCUGCUCGCCCUCAAGGGCAAGCUGGACAUGUUGCACGCGCAGAUGGAGCUCAGAAACGGACGGCCACGUAGGGGUGACGCCGCGAGACAGCUCGAGGACGCGGAUGACGAAGACGAGGAGGAGGAAGGCGCCAUCUAUGUUGAGGGCGAGGAGGACGCCGAGACGGCCAACGGCGCAAGGAAUGCGCUGCUGGGAGACGACGAUGACGACGAGGUCCCUGCUGCCAAUGGCUUCGUUGGCGACUCGGAUGACGAAGAUGAUGAGGAGGAGGCUGUGGCGGCGGAGGACGAGAGUUCGGGCGAGGAGGUUAUUGACGAGGAUGAGGUCGACCACAAUGAUGUUGAGGAUUCGGAUGAGGACGAUGACAGCGACGCGGAGGCGGCACCGCCGACAAAGGUUCAGAAGACUGCUUCUUCGUUCGCAAAGAGAAAAUAA